UAACGAAUCACGUCGUCGUCUAGUAGCACAAGAAUGAGAAUCAAUCAGCAACGAUCACAAAGCCAAAGACGAAACCACACAAAUUCCCUUCCCACAUUCACCAGAAAGAUCAAUCAACAAUGCCCGCCUCAAACAUGGCGGCAUCUCUAAGCUCUUGGUCCCACGCGCUCGUCAGAAUCUCCCCCUACACCUUCUCUGCCGUCGGCAUUGCCAUAGCCAUCGGCGUUUCUGUCCUCGGAGCCGCCUGGGGGAUCUACAUAACCGGAAGCAGUUUGAUCGGUGCUGCAAUCAAAGCUCCGCGUAUUACCUCGAAGAAUCUAAUUAGUGAUCAACAAUUGAUGAAUGGCUACUUUUCAACCUGUACAUGGAGGUUUGGAAGUGUAAUUUUCUGUGAAGCUGUGGCCAUAUAUGGUGUCAUUGUGGCCAUCAUUCUACAAACAAAACUGGAGAGUGUUUCAGCAUCUCAAAUUCAUGCUCCUGAGUCUCUAACAGCAGGAUAUUCCAUUUUUUCUUCUGGGAUUAUUGUCGGCUUUGCCAAUCUGGUUUGCGGGUUGUGUGUAGGGAUCAUUGGCAGCAGUUGUGCAUUGUCUGAUGCUCAAAACUCAUCCCUUUUUGUAAAGAUUCUUGUGAUCGAGAUCUUUGGAAGCGCACUCGGGUUAUUUGGUGUAAUUGUAGGAAUAAUCAUGUCUGCUCAAGCUACAUGGCCUGCUAAGGCAGUUUAAUUUGCUAAUUGCUUCUGAACUUGAGGAUUUGUGGUUAACUUUCUUUGGAGUUAAUGCCUUUUCUUUGUAUAUGUAAAAGCUUGGCUAUGAUAAACAAACCGUGUAAGAACUUGGAAAGUGCUUGGUGUCUUUUUUGGUCUCUAGGAUGCCCAAUGAUAUGGCCUUGGCAUUCAUGCAAAUGUAAGGCAGUGGAAUUUGAACUGCUGUAAUAUAUCAAUAAUAUCAAAAACCUUGGUGAAGGCUCCACAAAUGAAGCUUUCCUUUGUAAUUGAAACUCAGAGGUUUAAAUCUCCAUAUUGGUUACAUAUUGGUUAA